GAGGAAGGAAGGAAGGGCCGGUGCAGGCGCUGCCGUAGCGAGGAGCUCCACAGCCGGGGGGUGCACUUGACAAGCAGCAUGCAAAGAUGUCAGAAGAGGCAGAAGUGGAUGUGAGAGACAGAGACACUCAGAGACACACAGAGCGAAAGAGGGCAAGAGACUUGACUUUAAGAGACUCCUGCACUGACAACUCCAUGCAGUUCGGAACAAGAACGGCAACAACUGAACCUGGUUUCAUGGGGACAUGGCAGAACGCUGAUACUAACCUCUUAUUCAGAAUGUCCCAGCAGGCCAUACGCUGCACCUUGGUAAAUUGCACAUGUGAAUGUUUCCAGCCAGGAAAGAUAAACCUGAGAACCUGUGAUCAGUGUAAACAUGGUUGGGUGGCACAUGCUUUGGACAAACUUAGCACUCAGCAUCUGUACCAUCCAACUCAAGUGGAGAUUGUACAAUCCAAUGUAGUGUUUGAUAUCAGCAGCCUGAUGCUCUAUGGUACCCAGGCCGUGCCAGUGAGACUGAAGAUAUUGCUAGAUCGACUCUUCAGUGUAUUGAAGCAGGAAGAAGUGCUGCACAUCCUGCAUGGUUUGGGCUGGACACUUCGGGAUUAUGUUCGGGGCUACAUCCUUCAGGAUGCUGCAGGCAAAGUGCUGGACCGCUGGGCCAUCAUGUCCAGGGAAGAAGAGAUUAUUACCCUUCAGCAGUUUCUGAGGUUUGGAGAAACCAAAUCUAUUGUGGAGCUGAUGGCAAUUCAAGAAAAAGAAGGGCAGGCUGUGGCUGUGCCAUCUUCAAAGACAGACUCAGAUAUACGGACUUUUAUUGAAAGCAAUAAUCGAACCAGGAGCCCGAGUCUUCUUGCACAUCUAGAGAACAGCAACCCUUCCAGCAUUCAUCAUUUUGAAAACAUCCCCAACAGCCUUGCAUUCCUGCUUCCAUUUCAGUACAUAAAUCCAGUCUCUGCUCCACUGUUGGGUUUGCCUCCGAAUGGUCUCCUGGUGGAACAGCCGACACUGAGACUGCGUGAACCAAAUCUUUCAACCCAGAAUGAAUAUAACGAAAGCAGUGAAUCUGAUGUGUCCCCAACACCUUUCAAGAAUGAGCAGAACUCCAACAGGAAUGCCUUGACCAGCAUCACAAAUGUAGAGCCCAAAACUGAGCCAUCUUCCGUGUCUCCAGUACAGACUUCUACGCCUGUCAGUGAUUUAUCCAAACCUGAACAUACAAAAAGCUCUUUUAGAAUUCACAGAAUGAGGAGGAUGGGGUCAGCGUCACGGAAAGGCAGAGUCUUCUGUAAUGCAUGUGGCAAGACCUUUUAUGACAAGGGUACCCUCAAAAUCCACUACAAUGCAGUCCAUCUUAAGAUCAAACAUAGGUGUACUAUUGAAGGUUGUAACAUGGUCUUCAGCUCCCUUAGAAGUCGCAACCGUCAUAGUGCUAAUCCGAACCCCCGACUUCAUAUGCCCAUGCUAAGGAACAAUCGAGACAAGGAUCUGAUCCGUGCUACAUCAGGUGCUGCUACUCCUGUUAUAGCAAGUACAAAAUCUAAUCUAACAUUAACAAGUCCUGGUCGACCUCCAAUGGGUUUUACCACUCCCCCAUUAGACCCUGUGCUACAAAAUCCUCUACCUAGCCAGCUAGUGUUCCCAGCUUUAAAGACUGUACAGCCUGUUCCGCCUUUUUAUAGAAGUUUACUUACACCUGGUGAGAUGGUGAGCCCUCCAACCUCUUUACCUACCAGUCCUUUAAUGCCAAUGUCUAGUACAAUAGAGCAGCCCCCGCUUCCUUCUUCAGAAUCAACAGUGCCGGCAUUGGUUAUACCUACCCAUGAGACAAAUGCUGACCUUGCCCCUAAGAAAAAACCAAGGAAGUCAAGCAUGCCUGUGAAAAUAGAGAAAGAAGUUAUUGACACCGCUGAUGAGUUUGAUGAUGAAGAUGAGGAUGUUAAUGAUAACAGAAGUAUUGCUAAUGAUGUUGGACAUGACAAUCACUGCCAUUCUCAGGAAGAAAUGAGCCCAGGAUUGUCUGUGAAAGACUUCUCAAAAAACGGAAGACGGUGCAUUUCUAGGACAGAGCUAAGAAGAGCAGAUAGCAUGACAUCAGAAGAUCAGGACCAUGAGAGAGACUAUGAAAACGAGUCAGAAUCCUCAGAACCAAAACUUUGUGAGGAAUCCAUGGAAGGGGAUGAACACAUGAUGCAUGAAAGAAACAACAGAUCUGUGAUGAACCACAGCAGGCCGGAUGAAAACCACAAUGAAGCAUCACAUCACGAUGAAAUUAAGAUUAAGGAAGAAUUUACAGAUCCUACGUAUGAUAUGUUCUGCAUGAGCCAAUAUGGACUUUACAAUGGAGGAAGUGCUAGCAUGGCUGCACUCCAUGAAAGUUUUACUUCCACGUUCAACUAUAGUAGCCCCCAGAAAUUCUCCCCGGAAGGCGAUUUGUGCUCAAGCCCAGAUCCCAAGAUCUGCUACGUGUGCAAGAAGAGUUUCAAGAGCUCCUACAGUGUGAAGCUCCACUAUAGGAAUGUUCAUUUAAAAGAAAUGCAUGUCUGCACGGUAGCAGGCUGCAAUGCUGCCUUCCCCUCAAGAAGAAGCAGAGACAGACACAGCGCUAACAUAAAUCUGCACCGUAAACUGUUGACCAAAGAACUGGAUGAUAUGGGACUUGAUACAUCUCAGCCCUCACUUAGCAAGGACCUUCGUGAUGAAUUUUUGAUGAAGAUCUAUGGCACCCCACAUCAGAUGGGGUUUGAUUUAAGGGAAGAUACGUCCUCCCCUGCAGGUACUGAAGAUUCCCAUCUGAAUGGGUACGGAAGGGGCAUGUCAGAAGAAUACAUGGUGCUAGACCUAAGCACCACAUCCAGCAUCCAGUCUAGUGGUAGCAUCCAUUCCUCGAGAGAAUCUGAUGCGGGGAGUGACGAGGGGAUUCUCCUUGAUGACGUUGAUGGGGCGAGUGACAGUGGAGAGUCAUCACACAAAGCUGACGCCCCAGCUUUAGGCAUUGGCACGGGAGCCGAAGCCCCGGGUUCCCUGAUGUUUAACAGUGUUUCCAUGAGCAACGGGGGGAUCAUGUGUAACAUUUGCCACAAAAUGUACAGCAACAAGGGGACUCUCAGGGUGCAUUACAAGACUGUGCACUUACGAGAAAUGCACAAGUGCAAGAUCCCUGGAUGCAACAUGAUGUUUUCCUCUGUCCGCAGCCGGAACAGGCACAGUCAGAAUCCGAACCUGCAUAAAAACAUUCCGUUUACUUCUCUAGAUUAGUUCAAAGGCGGACAUGACAAAUACCAGCUCUCAGAGAGAGCCUGACUUCUUUGAACUAUCCUUUACAGACUAUUAUUAUAAAUAUAUAUAAAUAUAAAUAUAAAUAUAUAUCUUUUUUUCUUUUUUAACAAAACAGAAAAAACACCAGGUGCUUUUCUUCUUUUCUUUUCUUUUUUUCUUGUUAGGGAUUUUCUUUUUGUGUGGGGUUGGAGUAGUAUCUUUAACCUGGGAUGAUAUUUCCUUUGAUUAAAAAUAAACAAAACACAGAAAUAAAUUUGCAUUUAAAGUCCCACUUUUGUUAUGAGGUACAUGGUCAUCUCCAAAGAAACUGUUUCUUCUAACUGUGACUGUUGCCUGCCAUCUUAGAAAAGGAAAGGAAAAAAAAUGGAAAUCCCAAGGAAACAAAGCACUCCAGGAACAAACAAAAAGAACAGCUUCAGUUGUCUUUGUGUAUUUUAAACCUUUGAAAGAACCGUCAACUACGCAUGGCUAUGACACUUGUAUAUAUGAAGCCUUGAAGGGCCCAUGAUGUAAAACAGUUGUAUUGAUAGUGGUUUAACUUUUUGUUUGGGUUUUUUUUUAACCUUUACAUUUACAUCCAGUUGUUAGAUGAGCAAGGAAAAAAAUAAUUUGUUGGCUAGCUCUAUUCAUUUAUAUUAGCUUCAAUGCACAUUUUUGUUUAAAAAAUGAAAACACAAGGUCUUGUUUUUUAACUACCUGCUAGAGAUGCGUAAUGAGGUGGUGCUGGCAUGCUUUAGAGCACCAGAUCUGAUACAGGUUUAGGGGUUUGGUUAUUUUAUUUUUGUCUUGUUACUAUUACAUAAAUACAGUCAUGCACUUUUUUCUUACACAAUGUGGGGAUGUGUAAUAAUAUCCAUGCCCUUUUUUCCCUUAAAAGUAUUGCCAUACUUUCAGUGUCUUAUUAAUAAAAAAGAAACACUUUGUUAAAAGUGAUCUGGUUAGUAUGGAGCCGUGAAUUCCGAACAAAAUGGAAGUGUUUGUGUUAACUAAAUUGCCAACUUUGCACAAGUUUUCAGUAACCAAAAUGUAAUCAGCCACCAUAACCCCAUGCUAAGAUUUUGCCUGCCCAGGAAAAAAAAAAUCUUAGGAAUUUGAAAGCAAGAAAUGUUCCUCUCAAAAUCCACAAAACGGAUUCAUAACUUUCCUAAAAAGAAAAGUUAUACAACAUGGGCCACGGGAGGCAGCCAUCUGUGAGCCUCAAAGAGGUAAGGCUGUGGUUUAGUGGAUGAAAAACCAUACAACAUGAUCAGCUGCACUGUAGAGAGGAAUAAACAACAUCUUUGCCUCCCUUAUCUAUCAGCAGAGCCUUGAAGUGCCUGUGGUGAACCAGGCAGGAGGCCCACUCUAUAGGGUUUAGCCUACUUCCAGUUCCUCAGUGCAGCCAUCCAUAUUGCAUGGUGUUUUAUCCACACAAGUCCGUCCAGUUUUUGGCAUUACCUUUUUGAGGCUCAUGGGCAGCUGCUGAAUGAAAGGAAAGGAGGCAAAAAACUUCCUCUACCAGAGCCUUUCAGUGGCAGUGCAAAGAAGCCAGCCCGUAACUGCUGGAUUCUUUUGUCUGGUAGACAAACUGCCACCAACGGAUGUGCUCCCAAGGCCUGUCCAGGACAUUGUUUAGAAAAAGCAAUAUAUGAUGUGAUGUAAUGUGAUGCAAAUGCAUCCAUAAUUUGCGGGGAGUAUGGAAAUGCACAUAAAAUGAAGAUAUGUUUCUUUUUCUUUAAAAAAACUGAAAGGGGGGGGGAGGGCAGCACCUAUGAGUUCCCUGUAAUGUUUCAUUAGGACCUCGGUUAUAUAAAUUCCUGAAAUGAAUGGGCUGCAUCCUCUGGAGAAGUCUGUGAAAGGAGUUGGCAGAAGGGAUCUUCCCUGCUUUCCCUGCAGCCUUCUGAAUACCUCAAAAAUCCUCUGUUGAGGGUUGCCUACCAUAAAUAAAGAAAAUACACAACAGCAUGGGGGCCUGUAAUGAGCAGAGAAAACUGGUUGGAAUUUUCCUCUCUUCUGCUGGCAAAGGACUUUUCCACUCCUGCAGAACAAUGGAUUAGUAGGGGUGAUUUUCCCAAUCCCCCAUCUUCACUGCAGGCCUUCAUGUUAUGGAGCUUUCUGUUUAUUUGGGUCCCACAGCAGAGGAUUUUUCAGGGCACAUAGAGGGCUACCGGGGAACGGAGUGGGUGGGGAAAAUCUGCCUCACCGCCUUGGCAAGCUUUGCCUAUAGGAUCCAACCCAAAGUUUAUAUUCUGUACUGAAGACUUAGGCCAAGCAGGAUGUACACAUAGUAUUAUUAAAACAUGUUUUUGUAGAAGCAAUCCAAAGCCAUUAAUGGCACAAGCACUUAAAUGCUUGGAAAAUAUGUACUAUUCAUUUUAGUGGGUAACUUCCCCUCUGGACAAAUCGACAGUGGGGAGGAGGGACCCUGAAAUAAAUGUUGUUUUAGUAUUUUGUACUUUCCUAACAUGAUUUUUCAGAGAAGAAUUAUAGUAGAGUUAGGAAAGAGCACAUCACAGGAGCAAACAAUGGAGGAAGACGGGGAGAAGCUGCUCCCAAAACCUUUUUUGUUUCUAGUGUUUACACAUGUUGUCUGAGCAUGGCAAACCACACUGGCCGCCUCCAAUACCACAGCAUACUGACUGAAUGAUGAUAUUUACUUAAUCUCAGCCUACAGCCAAAACCAUUAUGGUGUGAUCAUAUAACACUUUUUUUAAAAGGAGCAUUUCCACAUACAGUCUAAUGCUAACUCAAAAGAGAAUGUUUUUCUUUCCUAGAACAUCUCUCUUAUAACAGCAAAACCAGAAAAGCUUGGUUCUUUUCCGCUUCUGAGUCUGUCAUGUAACUUUAGUCAUUCUAAUUUCAUGUUGAUAUUAACACUACAGUCUCUUAAUUUUACUUUGAGGAAACUAUGCCGGAUAAAUAGAUUCCUUCCUCAUUAGACACAUUGCACUGAACCAGCUAGGUAUUUGUGUGACUGAAUCCAUUGUAACCAGUCAGUUGUGACUAACUUAAAUCCCAUAGGUCUCAAUGAGUAUUAGCCGCAACUAGGUAGGUAAAUAAGAAAGAAUGCCACCAUGGGGUGUUUUUCUCCCCUUGGACAAAAUAAGAUCAGUCGUUGAAGUAUGGGUGUAGGGGGGGAAUUUUUUUUCAUUGAAAUGUUUUAUUUUAGGCUGAAUACCUUUGCUUUCCAUUAAUGAACCCAAGUCUCAACAUGAUCUACGUGGUUACCAAUCGAUUUGUCUGACAAUUUGUUUACAUCGCAAACCUUCACAAUAUUUUCCAACUUUUUUUUCAUUUGUGCUUUGUCUUUGUUUUUUCCAAAGUCUUAAUUACUUUUGUUUAUAAAUCGAAUGGAGAGAUGCUUUCUUUUAUGCUGCAUAUGUACGGUGUGCUUGUGAAGAGGAACAUGGAACAGUAAAGGUGUGUUCUUCCCAAACAUAUGAACCUUUGUAGUGUUAUCUGUACUGCACUGUCUCUUCAAAAUCCCCAAGCUAUUAGGAACCAAGUUAAAAGAAAUAUUGAAAAGGCAGAACCAACAUAAAGAAAAAUGGUAAAUGAUAUCUAAGGAACAAAAACACUGUUUUUGA